AUGUCUAGUGUGGAGCUUGAGAAAUUGUUACGGGUGUUAAGGGCUCACAAGCUUGCGAUUGGAUGGUCUCUAGUGGAUAUUAUAGGGAUUAGUCCCACUACAGUGAUGCAUAAAAUCUGCCUUGAAGAUGACAGCAAGCCUUCUACUGAAGCUCAGAGAAGAUUGAAUCCAACUAUGAAGGAGUGCAUGGGUGAGUUCAGUGCAAGUGGUACUGAAGAAGGGUGGUAUGACUGUGUUGAAGAACAAGCAGGCCACAACUACUACUGCUUCUUGGAUGGGUAUUCAGGGUACCAUCAGAUUGCUAUUGCUCCAGAAGACCAAGGGAAGACAACUUUCACGUGUCCUUAUGGUACUUUUUCUUUCUGGAGAAUGCCAUUCGGGUUAUGCAAUGCUCUUACUACUUUUCAAUGUUGCAUGAUGGCUAUUUUUUCUGAUAUGGUGGAGAAGACUAUUGAGAUCUUUAUGGAUGACUUUUCUAUUUUUGGGUCUUCAUUUGAUGUGUGCUUGAGAAAUCUGGAUGCAGUUAUGCAGCGGUGUGAGGAGUCUCUUCUAGUUCUUAACUGGGAGAAGUGUCACUUCAUGGUGAGAGAAGUAAUUGUUGUGGGAUACAAGAUCUCUAGAGAUGGUAUUGAGGUGGAUAGAGCCAAAAUUGCAACAAUUGAGAAAUUACUACCUCCGGUGUCAGUGAAGGGUGACUUACCGUUUCAAUUGAUGUGUGAUGCUAGUGAUCAUGUUGUGGGUGCAGUCUUGGGGCAGCGUAUUGACAAGGUGAUUGUGUAUAUUGAUCACUUUGCUAUCAAGUAUUUGAUGACUAAGAAAGAUGCAAUGCCUCUCUUAAUUAGAUUGGUUCUAUUGCUACAAGAGUUUGAUAUGGAGAUUCGUGACAAAAAGGGUACUGAAAACCUAGUAUCUGAUCACUUGUCAAGACUUGAAGUAGAAGAGAGUCAGAAUGAGAAAGUUGUGCAGAUUAAUGAUUUCUUUCUAGAUGAACAGUUAUUUGGGGGGAGUGAAAAUUCUAUUGUGCCUUGGUUUGCUGAUUUUAUGAAUUUCCUUGUUGCAAAGAUUGUGCCUCCUGAGAUGACGAGGCAACAGUUGAAGAAAUUUUACUCUGAGGUGAAGCAUUACUAUUGGGAAGAGCCUAUUCUCUAUAGGCAUUGUGUUGACCAAGUCAUUCGUCGUUGUGUACCUGAGGAUGAGAUGCAUUCUAUUCUUGCCCAUUGUCACAAUUUACAAUGUGGUGGGAAUUUUUGA